CACUCCACUCCUCCCUUUCCUAUUUAAACUCAGCCACCACCGACUGCAAGAGAGAGAGAGAGAGAGAGAGAGAGAGAGAGAGAGAUUUGCAGAGAGAGAGAGAGAGCCAUUGGUAGUACUUCAUUAAUGCCUCUGAGAAAGAAAGCGUGACCAGUGACCUGUAUCCUUCCCCACGGUUUCUCUCAAAAACUGGGUGUGAUUCUUUUAAUUUCUUCUUAGAUUAUUAGAGAUCGAGAGUGACAUGGACCUCAGUCAGGUUACGCUGGAGAUCUUCUCAAAGCUCGAGCAGAAGUGGCUCUACCACUGCGACGCCAGCAAGAAGACGCGGAUUCUCAGCAUCGACGGCGGCGGGACCACCGGCAUUGUCGCCGGCGCCGCCCUCAUUCACCUCGAGGACCAGAUCCGUGCUAGAACCGGCGAUCCUCACUCCUCCAUCGCCGAUUUCUUCGACAUCAUCACAGGAACUGGAAUCGGCGCUCUCUUCGCGGCAAUGCUGACUGCCGCCGACGGGAACGGCCGUCCUCUCUACACGGCUCGAAACGCCGUUAAGUUCUUCGUCGAGAAACAGGCGGAACUGUUCAAGGUCAAGAACGUUGGCGUUUUCCGCCGGGAAAAGAGGUUCUCCGGCGCCAGCAUGGAGAAGGUUUUGAAACAGGCGCUGAGGAGAGACGACGGAACGGCGCUGACGUUGAAGGACACGUGUAAGCCUCUCCUUGUCCCCUGCUUCGACCUAAACAGCUCAGCGCCGUUCGUCUUCUCCCGGGCUGACGCGUCCGAGUCACCGAGCUUCGACUUCGAGCUCUGGAAGGUGUGCCGCGCCACGUCAGCGACGCCGUCCCUGUUCAAGCCGUUCGAACUGGCCUCCGUCGACGGGAAAACCUCCUGCUUGGCCGUCGACGGCGGCCUCGUCAUGAACAACCCCUCCGCCGCGGCCGUCACUCACGUCUUGCACAACAAACGUGACUUCCCCUCCGUUAACGGCGUUGAAGACCUGCUAGUCCUCUCUUUGGGUAACGGCCCGUUAAGCAGUCCUGCUAACGUCAAACUCCGUCGUAGCGGCUAUUGCUCGACGUCUUCGGUCGUGGACAUUGUCCUUGACGGCGUCUCCGAAACCGUCGACCAAAUGCUGGGAAACGCCUUCUGCUGGAAUCAUGCAGACUACGUUAGAAUUCAGGCAAACAGUUACGCUGCGGGGAAAGUCGAAGAGAGCAGCCAGGCCCAGGGUGUGUUGACGGAGAAAGGCGUGGAGUCGUUACCGUUUGGCGGGAAACGGUUGAUGACGGAGACCAACGGAGAGAGAAUUGGGAACUUCGUGCAACGACUUGUUGCCUCGGGAAGGAGUAGCGUGCCGCCGAGCCCGUGCAAGGAGACUGCCGUCAGUCCGCUUGCUAAUGGCCGUUAGUUUUGUCUUUUUGCUUUGUACUCCAGUAGUUAAUUAAUUAAUCCUUUUUUUUUGUUAAUUUCAAAACCUUUCUCCUCGCCUCGGGGUUACUUCUCUAGUCCCAAUUACGGAGUAAUUAGUUAUAUCUCAAAUAAUAAUGGUAGUGACCUGUUUGGCA